UUGAUAUGCAUUGUAAAGAUCAAUGGUAAACAACUACACAUGCUGCACAACUAACGAGUAUCAGUCUUGAGUCGAGUGUUCACAAGCUGGCAAAAAAGACACGUUGAGCGAAACUUUCGUCAAGUAGGUCUUACUGCUUAGCCUUAGGAAGUGUUUUACACCACGGGUAACACUGCUGACUACAUUUUUGGGGAUAGUGCACCGUUUGUCGGCGUUAGCAAGUAAUUAAUUUCGUGAGUUCGGCCUACACCGUUAAUUCAACCGUGCAGUUUACAAUGGAAAAUAGAACAGGCCCAGCUGGUGAAGGAAGUACAGCUGUGAUGGAGGAUUCUGCACCCAACCCCUUGAACACGCAGCGGUCAAGAUCAGCGCCUAGCACAAGGCAGGCAUCACAGCCAACAAUAGGGAGCAACAGCGGCAAGUUUAAGGACAGAAACCCAGACAUGACUGCAGCUGGAAAAUUAAUCACAAUGGAAGGAGAAACAACGAGAGAUUGUCUUGAUAUAGAACGGGUGCAAACCCCUGAUCAAGUGAAGAAAUUCCGAAACUUCACCCAGCCUGAGCCACAAGUCAGACGGGUCUUCUAUGGCAAGGCGCUGGACCCAGACGUGGCCUCAACCGUCAACCACGGAGUCAAAACGAAAGCAUCUCUCUUUGCUGGUGACCUGAUCAACCCAGACCCAAAGUCAAGAUUCACGCAGAGACUGGAAGAUAAGAAGGAGUCAUCCCUCUACCUCAGCAAACAGAAGGCGCCGCUUGGCACAUCACAUGACCAGCGCAAGGGCUUACCCAAAGGAAUGGACAAAUAUCAGGAGACCUUCGGUGUCAAGAACGUGUUUGAUGUGACGGCUGGUGAACUGGUCAGCCCCACCAAGACCUACCAACAGGUCAUGGAGGAGAGCGAGAAGGGUCGCGACCUCUACAAACUGACCCACCACGAGUUCCUGGUUGGAGAGGCAGUGGACCGCAACUAUGACUGGAGCCGCUACCCCAAGGAGGGCAUGUUUGGCAUCGCCACACCCCACGACAAUGACGGCAAGCACGUCGCCAAUACACUGAAGUGGCUCAGAAAUGAUCAACUUGACAAAGGCACCAAAGUGGUGUCCAAGCGGGUGGACGACUUUCGCGAGCGCACCCAGCCCCAGCUGGGCCUGGUGCAUGACCCCAUCAAGGACACGCUGCACGUUCCCCCCGACCACUCCUUUGGGGUGCUGAUCAAGCCCGACGAGUUUGGUGCAGGGGACCUGAUGCAUGGCCGGUCGCAGGAGAGCUACCUGCGGGGCAAGGACCGGGACCGGGGCCUGCUGGCUGCUGUCCGCCAACAGCUUAAGAAGGCCAACUACCACAAUUUCAAUGAUUUGCAGGCAGCCUUCAAUCACUACGAUAAGAAUAGUGACGGCAAGAUUGACAUUCAAGAGCUGCGGUCCUGCUGCAGCCAGUUUAGCCUCCCCAUAGAGCCUGAGCUCCUGGAGCAGCUGAUCGACUACUGCGACAGCAACCAGGAUGGCUACAUUGACCACACCGAGUUUGCCAACUUCCUGAACUGGAAGGACAAGAUGCAGCAGGGGUCGGAGCGGCCGGAGCAAGGGGCUGAGGAUGUGGAGAGGCUCAAGAAGCAGAUUGACCGGUCCAUUGGGGAGCACCGCACCUCUGCGUCCAUGAUCAAUGCCGUGGUGGGAGGGGUGUCCACAAGAGAUUACAGAACAUAUGGAAUUCCAACAAUUCGUAGCGACCUCGCUGCCCCAAAGAUCAAAAGGAUCAGCGACAACAAGAACUAUGGGGACGAGUCGGACGCCUUUGGGUUGAUCAACCCUUCUAUCUACAGCAACAGGGGGGUUUACGAGAAGGACUUCUUCAAAUCAAGGCCCCAAUCACAGAUCAAGGAUAUAUUCACGUCUGUUGGGGUCCAGAUGGACAACGACACAUUCCAGAAGCUGUGGGAGGUUGCAUCAUCAAGGGCGGACAACGGUCAGGUCAGCGUGGAGAGUUUCCGCAGCGUGUUAGACGAGGUACAAGCCAUCCAGUGUGCAGAGUCCUCAUAGCGCCUCCCAGGUUAGGCUGUAUUGUGCCGCUCUCAGAGCAAAUGGACUUCACUUUCUGUCAGUAUUUCAAUUGUUUCCAGUCUUCGUUUCCCUAAGAUGUCCAAGAUCAGGCUGCACAGCUUGAGUUUCCACACCUCGGUUAAGUCGUUCACCUUGGUAUCCUUUGGUCAGUGUAUCCUAGGCAGUAUGCCUGUGUAUUCAGUGUAUGUGAGAACUUGUGGUAAACUGUUGAUCAGAGGACAGCAAGGGCUUAGGUGUAUUUGUCCUUGUAUCAGUGGGGGAUCUUCAAGCAGAUUUGUAUGCCAAAUUCAUUUUUUUGAAUCCUGUCUUUCUGAGGGGUUACGAUAGAUUUCAAAUAUUAUAGAGCAAUAUUCCUUUCAGAUUUUUUGGUGUACUUAUGAUCCUUUAAAGGCCAUAAGAAAUAGAAAAAUCAUAGGUAUAAGGAUGUGUGCCCUGUUGUGCAAGAACUGGAAUGCUAUUGCAUAUUCAUAACAUUAAAUAUACAGAGUUAAAAGUGUUAAGUACAAUAGAAGAAGUUUAGUGGAUUGGGCAGCCUCCCACAAAAUAUCUAGGGAGGGUCUAACCUUUCUGUGAACACACUCUCCUAGUUCCACUUUCAAAGGAUAAAAAUAUGUACACCAAACAGAAACUGAUCUGCUUUUUUUAUACGUUGUUUUCAUUUAUUUGUUAAACAAGUUUUGUCUUCCUUGCAUAUAUGAAAAAUAUAUGAUCUGGAAUGAUCAAAGUGAGCCCAAAAAAUUAACAAUGUUACAAUUCCAUUUACAAGCAUAAUGUACUUCUGAUUGGAUGAGAUUAGCAUCCAUUUCCAAACACAUUCAGCCAGUUAUAGUCUCAGUAUUCUCGGUCUAUGCUGACGUCAGUAAAAUUAAAAUUUGCAGGUUAAAUGCAUCAGUAGCCCAAACCCAAAUGUGAAUCACGUAGAAUCUUGUUGGAUUGGCAUGGCAAUGGGGUGAGGCAUUUCUCGUCAGAACACAUGGCCCCAAAUUUUGUCUGGUUAGUAGAAAUGCUGUGUAAAAUUACCCAUUCAUUGCACUGCUAUAGUAGUGAUGUGGUGGAGUGAACUUGCAGUCACUAGCAGUUUCACCUGGGACAGUAUCUCGCUGGAUGCAAACCCAUCUUAAAUAAAUACAUUUGAUUUCAAACAUUACAGGUUAGGAUAAAUGACCAUCUCCAAUCAUAGCUACCAAUUUCAGAGUUGGUAUUUGGAAACGAGUCUGGUCUUUUAAAACAUAUAUAUCACUACCAAUACAGUCACCUUCACAAAAAUGGGGUGUUGCAUCACAUUUAAUUAGCAAUAUACGAGGGCUAUUUGUGCACAUACAUGUACAAGCUUUCAUAAUAUUCUGUAGCGAGUAAUCUACUGAAUAUAACCAUCACAGUAAGAUUUAAAUGUGUUAACCACUUGUUGCUGAGUGGAUUUUUCUUAAAUAAGACAAGAUGCCGGGUCCUUUUCAAUAUUUUCCGUUUUCAAAAUUCUUCAGAAAUUCAUCCUUUCAUUUAAUGGCUG